ACGCAGCUUGACGUAGCUCCCGCGCUGUUGGUCAGAAGGGCUCGUGAGUGCAGUUCGGUCUGUUGUCCAGGCGGCUGCCGUACCUGGCCGCGGUAUAUAAAGAUAGUCUACGGCCGGAAACCUCAACGGUCGCCGCUCACUGCUCGGUUCAAAACCCCCCGCAAACAUUUCACUUCUACCCCCGACACCGGCAUCCGCGUCCCCCGCACAAGCCGGGGCAGAGGGGGGUCCAGCGCGGGGCGAGACAGCCGAGGACCGACCAGCAUGGACCCCCAAACGAAGGACCGCACCAGCCCGGGCGGGGGCUUCAGCGGGCGUCUGGCCUCUCUGGGAGCCGACGGGGGCGACUCCGAGUCCGGAGCCGGCUCGGAGGAGGCUGCCGUGGGCUGCUGCAGCGACACGUUCAGCAGUCUGCCCGACAUGGAGCAGGACACUCUGGAGGAGAAAUUAAGAGGACUGGCGUUCAGAAAGCAGACCUCGUAUCGGAAGGCCAUCUCCCGCUCAGGCGUCCAUUACCUCGGUCCACCUCAACCGUCGCUUCCUCCGGCGUCCAACGGACCCAACAAGGAGCUCCGAACCUGCUUGGACUGGACGGAGAACGCCGUGAACGGGGAUCACCUGUGGAUGGAGACGAGCUGUUCUGGAGAGCUUUGUUACCUGGGAGAGGACACCUGCCUGCUCAAGACUGCAAAGUCGGCUCCCAGGAGGAAAUGUGCAGCCUGCAAGAUCGUCGUCCACACCGGCUGCAUAGAGCAGCUAGAAAAGAUUAACUUCCGCUGUAAGCCGACCUUCAGAGAGGGAGGAUCCAGGUGCCUCAGAGAUAACGUGCUGAGGCAUCACUGGGUUCACAGACGAAGACAGGAGGGGAAGUGUAGGCAGUGUGGAAAGAGUUUUCAGCAGAAGUUCUUCCACAGUAAAGAAAUCAUCGCCAUCAGCUGUUCUUGGUGUAAACAGGCUUUCCACAACAAGGUGACGUGUUUCAUGCUGCACCAGAUCGAGGAGCCGUGUUCUCUGGGGGCCCACGCUGGAGUCAUAGUCCCACCGUCCUGGAUCAUCAAAGUCAGGAAGCCACAGAGCUCACUGAAGAACUCUGCCAGGAGGAAAAAGAGGACUUCUUUCAAACGGAGAACAAGCAAAAAGGGACUGGAUGAGUCUAAAUGGCGUCCGUUCAUGUUGAAGCCCCUCCCCUCUCCCCUCAUGAAGCCCAUCUUGGUUUUUGUCAAUCCCAAGAGUGGAGGAAACCAGGGUGCCAAGGUGUUACAGAUGUUUAUGUGGAUCUUGAACCCUCGCCAAGUCUUCGACCUUUCACAGGGUGGACUGCGAGAGGCGUUGGAGUUGUAUCGUAAAGUGCCAAAUCUGAGGAUCCUUGCCUGUGGAGGAGACGGCACGGUGGGGUGGAUUCUGUCGGCUCUCGAUGAGCUGCAGAUGAACCCGCAGCCUCCGGUCGCUGUGCUUCCUCUGGGAACAGGAAAUGACCUCGCCAGGACGCUCAACUGGGGCGGGGGCUACACAGAUGAACCGGUGUCCAAGGUUCUGUGUCAUGUGGAGGACGGUUCUGUGGUGCAGCUGGACAGGUGGAACCUCCUGGUGGAGAAGAGUUCUGUCCAGCCAGAGGAGGGAACCCAGAAGCUGCCCCUGAAUGUCUUCAACAACUACUUCAGCCUGGGCUUCGACGCUCACGUCACCCUGGAGUUCCACGAGUCCAGAGAGGCCAACCCAGAAAAGUUUAACAGUCGCUUCCGCAACAAGAUGUUCUAUGCAGGAGCUGCCUUCUCAGAUUUCCUCCAGAGGAGCUCCAGGGAUUUGUCCAAACACGUCAGAGUGGUGUGUGACGGUACCGAUCUGACUCCCAAGAUCCAGGAGCUGAAAUUCCAGUGCAUCGUGUUUCUAAACAUUCCCAGGUACUGUGCUGGCACCAUGCCGUGGGGAAACACAGGCGACCAUCGCGACUUUGAACCUCAGCGCCAUGACGACGGCUGCAUCGAGGUCAUCGGCUUCACCAUGGCCUCACUGGCGGCGCUGCAGGUUGGAGGUCAUGGAGAGAGACUUCACCAGUGCAGAGAAGUUGUCCUCACUACCUUCAAGACCGUACCUGUUCAGGUGGACGGAGAGCCCUGCCGACUGGCUCCAUCCACACUCCGCAUCUCGCUCCGAAAUCAGGCCAACAUGGUCCAGAAGAGCAAGAGGAGAACCUCAGUGCCGCUGCUCAACGAUCCUCACGCAGUUCCGGACCGCCUCCGCCUUCGAGUGAACCGGAUCAGCCUCCAGGAGUACGACCGGCUGCAGUACGACAAGGAGCGGCUACGAGACAUCUCCAUCCCAGUGGGAAUAGUGGUGGUGAGAGGAGACUGUGACCUGGAGACCUGCAGACUCUACAUCGACAGAUUACAAGAUGACUUACACCAGGCGCCACCUACUGGCCACAGAGUGCACUAUCAGGAUGAGAGCAGAGGAAUCCCCAGGACCAGUUCAACCAGUAGACUGUCUCCCAACUGGAGCUUCUUGGACUCCACAUCAGCUGACCGCUUCUAUCGCAUCGACAAAGCUCAGGAACACCUCCACUUUGUGACAGAAAUCUGUCAGGACGAGGUGUUCAUCCUGGACCACGAGGGUCCUGUGGUGAACCAGGGGUCGUCCACGGGGAUGCCUGAUCUGGUGGUGGAGCCCACGGCAGGAGCUCCUCUGACACUUGAGGAACAAGCGCUGCUGACUGCUGCCGGCUCCGGGGAUCUUCCAAUGCUGUCAGAGUGUGUGGUUCAGGGAGUCAGUUUGUUGGUCAGAGACUCUGGAGGAUGUUCAGCGUUACACAUAGCAGCUCAGAACGGACACACAGACCUGGUCAGCUACAUCCUGCAGCAAGGGUCUAAGGUUCUCCUGGAUUUGACAGACAGAGAGAAAGGGGAUACGGCGCUGCACAAAGCCGCCUCAGAGAAGCAGCAUGCGGUGUGUCGGCUGCUGGUGGAGGCCGGAGCGUCGCUGGAAAAGACCAACUUCCAGGGGAAGACGCCGGCAGAACAAGCAGAGGGAGACUCGGAGCUGGCCACUUACCUGAGCUCCCAGCAGAGUUCAUCUGGUAACCAUGACGACCUGGAGACGGCCGUCUGAGGCGCGACACACACACACACACACACACUCUCGCACACACUCUGUGGACUCGAACACACUCGUAGUGGAGACGGACCGGGAGAGGAAAGUGUUUCAGGAACGAGCGGAGUCCGGAUCCGAGUCGAUGAACUGCUUCAGCAGCACUGCAGAGACGAUUUUAAUGCUCAACUAUUUAUUUGUAUUUAUUUAUUCAUAUUCUAUUUAUUGGUUGUGCUGAUUGAUUGAUUGACUGAUUGUAGGACUUUUAACAGUUCAGGAUGAAGUGCAAUUUGACCAGCCGUCACAUGUGGUGAGUUCACCUGCCGGACUCACGGAAACACGUUUCUUAUCUUGUAAGGGAUUUUACUCAGUAGGACCUGCGGUGUGGAUUAAGCAGUUAAACAGCAAGAAACAGUAAAAGUUUAUCCCUUAAAACCUGCGUGCCAAAGACAUCGCACUGAUGUAGUGUAAUGUCCAAUCCAGAACUCCAGUAAAGACCCGACACACCACUCCACGUCCUCCCAGACUUUGAAAACUGUGUCUUCAGUACCAAGUUAUGCAACGAUGACAUGUUUAUCACAUGUCACUUCAUUCGAUGAGUCACCAGAAGUUCCAGAAAGCACAGGAAGUGGGUCAACAUAUCGCGCAGAAACUCUCCCAGAUGACCACAAGAGUUCAUAGGAAGUAGAUCUUCAAAAAGUCCCCGUCGUGGGUGCUCUGUGCCCCAUCUUUAGGUUCCUUUCCACUGCAGGAUUUGUGGGAAACGUGCGGCGAUGUGAACGAGGAUCAGCGUAGAACCAACGGCUCCAACUGCAGCCCAACAGUGAGUUAUCUGGAGGAAGUAGGCUGCUAGGAAAGCCCAAAUCCUCACUGAGCUCCUUCUUGAGAGUCACCAGAACACGUUUCCCCCUUUUAUACUCUUCUGGAAAGAUGCUACUGUUCUUUUUUGUCAUUGUUUAACCUUUGGUCCACAAAAAAAGGUAUUUAUUCCAUUUUAACAUCUUGAAAUAACUACAGGACAAAGAUGGACACAUUUGGGACGUUGUUGUUGAGAUAUUUUCAGUCUGAACUUGAGCAAAAAGUCACUUUUGGCCAAAUCUGUUGUUAUGUAAAUGAAGUUUAGCCAACUCAUGUGGAUCAACAAGAACCAACAGCUGCAGCCCAACAGCUGGUUGUUUGGUGGAAGAAGGCGGCGAGGAACUUCCAAAUUCUACACAAGACCAAAUAAAAAUUCAUCUCCUUGGACAGCAUUUUAAAAUGUGACACAAAGAGGAUCCACAAAGUCGUCUGAAGAAUUUUUAGCUCAUUUUAAAAAGUGAUUCAGCGUCAUGCAGCCACUUCAGUCCCCAGUUUGGUCUUUUUAAGGAUUCCUCAUCGUUAGUAUUUUCUCUUUCGCUUCCCUCCAUGUGUUGACGUUGUCUCACUAGUUUGACUAUUAAAAGUUGAUUAUUUAGUUGUUUUUUGGCAGACUGCUGACAUUAAACUCCACUUUUCAUUAUUCUUAACAUGAAUUAUGCCAAAUAUUAUGCAAGUUUCCCCCUCAGAAUUGUAUUUUAGUAGAAAGUAUCUCCUAAAUAGUACAGUUUACUGAGAAAAAUGCAUUUAAUUUGGCCUUUAUUGUGUGAAUAAUCACUAAAUAACUUCAGACAGUAGAGAUACGACGUGAUGAAAAGAUUCAUUCAUUCAUCGAGGGGGUAAAAAUGCCUAAACUGUUGUUUUCGGUGUCUCAGUUGUGAAAAUUUGCUUGUUUUCUUUGUCAUCUCUGUCGGUAAAUUUGAUAUUCUUUGUGGGGUUUUUUGGUCCAGAUUGGGGGAAUGUAAGAGACGGAUGUCACUAUUUUCUGACGUUUAAUGAGGGAGAUAUUAAUCUAGAAUAGAAAACAACGAGAAAUAGAAAAAUCAGUCCAACUUGCCAGAUGUGUUGCCAUCCUAGUAGUUUUUUUUAGUCAUGAAUGAACCAAAUGGGACCGAACCGAGGGGACCAGUAUGGAGGGAAGAAACCAGUUUAAAGAAUGCAUCAACCUGUGACUUUCAGACAAUCUCAUCGACAAAUAAUUUCACUUUUCAUAGUUUGUGUCGACCCAGCAAAGCUUUUCAUGUGCUGUGUGUGUGUGUGUGUUAAUACGGCUCAUUCCAUAUCAUUUGAACAGAAACGUCAGUCGAACCGCAGCCUGUUUGUAUUCGUUCGUUUGCAGCGUUUAUCCGAGAAGAGAAAAGAAGAAUCUGAGCCAUAUUCAAUGCAAUAUGAAUAGAUGACGUCUCUUUUGCAUUUCUCUAUUAAUCGUUUACAUUACAUUAAUGUUUGAACACUGUCGACCAUUUAGCACCGAGGAGUAUCGAAUGUGCAGUUUUACUUCAGUGCUGGUUGGGUUUAUGAUUGUCUUGUUUUGGUUUGUUUUUCUUUUGCGUGCAUGUAUGUCACUGCUUUGAGGUUUCUUUUGGUGUAACCUGUUGUAAACUAAAUCCAUAUUUACGGUAGGAAAUGCUUCCCAAGUAUCUGUGGGGACUAAAAGAUGAGCCAUCGUAGAAGUAGGGCUGCGAAAAUCAGCAUCACAGUGUUACUCCUUUCUUCUUUUUACGUCAACAUUUAGCAGUUUUCAUCAUUUAAUCCUUUACGAGCCAAAACUUGCAUUGAAAGAAAGUCUUUUCGAGUCAAUUAUGUAAACAAAAGUUAGAAUUAAUUAUUACUUCAAGGUUCACUCUGUGUAUCUAAGAACUCAGGCAGAAUUUCAUCUUUAAAUUUUUCCCAUUUAAAUGAGUAGUUUCUGUGCUGAAUUUGAAGACUUUAGGACACGUAAAAACUUUGUGAUUGCAAGCUGCCUUACUGCCCAUACACUCACCCACAGCUGGACCAGUUGGACCGCCGGUUAGUCAACCAUCCAAGUAGUUGACUAACCAACUACUGUUUCGAAACCUCAAGUCUUGAAUUUAUCAGUCACCUUUGUCUUUUGAAAACAAAUGUGACCAGUCACUGGUGGAUCUGACUGAGAACUCAAAGACUUUAUUCACAUUGAUAGAAAAGCGACCAACAUAACUUUAGCGUUUUUUCUUUUCACUAAAUGGGACCAUAAUUUACUAAAUGAACAUCACAGAAUCUUCACAAAGACUUCAAACUGGCAGUUUAGAGCGUAAACUCUACAAGAAAAGGGAGCAAAUUAAGUGAGAAAAAGAGUAGUUUUCUCAUAGACUUCUGUAGAAUGUGACUUCUUUUUGCAACCAGAGGAGUCGCCCCCUACUGGCUGUAAGAAAGAAUACAGGUUUAAGGCGGUGGGACCGGGGCCAGGUCGCAGAUUCAGCAUCCCGAGAGACAAACAGGCGUGAACUAACUGUGACGUCACCCGUUGGUUUCAUCGGCGACAAAAUGAAGCCCAGAUUUUGCUACUUCCUAGUCGCCAUUUUGGAUUUUUUGGAGCCAGUGACGUAAAAAGCGUCAUCAAACAGGCUGGACCGGAGAGCAACUAGGGGCAGGACCAGUCUAUGGGACUGUCAAUCAAGUAUAGCCACGCCCCCUGGCUCCGCCAACUUUAACGAUUUAUUUAAAAUUCAGUAUUGAUUUAUUUUAAGAUCGGCCACCUGAUCUCUCAUUCUGACCAUGAAAACUAACGGGGAAAAAAUCCUGAGCUGUAGAAAAUCAGUCUAUCAAAUUUUAUGAAUUGGGGUCUAUGGAGAAAAAGCUUUUUGGAGCCAACCCUAGCGGACGGCGUGAUAUUGCAAGUUUUUGACACUUCCGGGUGGGCUUCAUUUUUGGAGCCAGAUGCUACGCCCAUCUUUAUAUACAGUCUAUGGAGACAAACAGUCAUUAGCUCACACUGAAGCACAAGUCGGUAGGAAAAUACCAAUGAAAAUGAAAAUGUAAACUGUAAGUCUGACUUACGUUUGGGAGCCAUAAUGAAGUUAGCGAAUGUAGCAUAAUCCAAUGUGGCGACAAACAAACAAAGCUGUCUUAUAGCACCACAUGACAAAAUAUUCGUCCGCUAGCCAGUGAGCUCCCCUGACACGCGACGAAACUCCGUACGUUAAACCGAGGACUGGCAAGUAAUCAGUUCCGAUGCAGCAACAAACGCCGUAAGUCGAGAACUUCAUAAACCGAGGACCUGCUGUACAAGGUCUUGUGUUUCUUGACCCGUUCAAGCGUUCUUUUUUUUAAAACCCUGCUCUAUUUUUUUCUACUGUAGAAGCUAAGCCAAUGCUUGAAGCCCCUCAGGUGUUUCACCAAGACUUAGAUAACUGACACGCCAACAAACUUUAUCGCAUCUGAUGAUGAGAGCCCCAGACAUUAGUUUGCAUUUCGAUAAUCUAUGCAUUUAUUGCUCCAAAACAAAUGCAAUCCAACAUUCGUCGUCUCAAACAAACAAUUCAAUACGAGAGGCUUCUUCAGCGUUCAAAACUGUUCUACCUUUCAGAAACACCUGCCUGGACAAAGAUUGGUUCCUACUUACAGCGUAGCGCUCAUUGGUUCCUACAUCUACAUUGAGGUGUGCUGUUAUGUUAGCAUCGAUUAGCACAGGAAAGAACCUCUAACUGCAGCAGAAUCAAUGUUGUUGCUAAAAUUGUAGUUUCCAUUACAGCGCACACUCACAGUGCCUUGUUUAAGGUUGGUCAUGAGUUUCGUACAUGUUUCCCCGUGCACGUUUUCUCACUACUUAGCUGUACAGAAAAUUACGCUAAAGAUUAAUUCUGUGAUGAAGACAGAAAUGUAAAACAUUUUCUGUCAGAUAUCAAAUAAAAUAACACAUGUUGACUUAUAAAAAGUGAAGUAAUGAUGGUCCUUAACUAAAUUCAGUCUUUUGAUUAAAAUAAUCUGGAAAAUUUUACUAGUUUCAUGAAUAAACAGCCAUUUUUAGCCUUUAUAGCAGCUCUUUACCAGUAAAAUAUUUGUGUCUUAUGAUGCAAGACUUCUGCGAUGGCUACUACUGUCCACUAUCCAACACCUUCUUCUGGGGAUUAUAAAAUAGACAAAAUGUGUAUAAAUGAUCUCCUGAACUGUCAGUGAAUGGUGACGACAUUUUCUAUGAAGUGACUGUGCUAAUAAGCUAGCCCGUUCUGAACGACAAACAUGCUUCUUAUCUUUCUAUUGAGUAGAAAUAUGACUUUGUAUUAAAGUGUCUCUCAUCAGCGUUGGGUAUGCAUGGCAUUUUCUUACCUCCUUGGGAUUAUUUUCUAGUAACGGCAUAAAAAAUGGCAUUAUUGUUGUUUAAACUAUUGAAUUCUUAUAGUUUUAAAUGAUUUCUAUCUGAUUUUCUUCAAAGGUUGGGCAUGUUUGGGUGUUUUUUUUUGUUCCUUUUGCUUUUGUAUUUCUUUUCUUUUUCUGCUAAUGAUGAUGGGAUUACUUGAAGUUUGUUGUUUUAUUUUAUUCAUUUGUUAAAAGAAGAUGUGAUGCUGUAGUUUUUGUGUCUGAUCUUGUUUCUUAUUUCAGUGAUUGCUGCUGCUUAUUGCCAUCACUAAGCUGUGUUUCCUCGUUGAUCUCGGCUGGAAAGUAGCUGACGUCAUUUAAAUUUAAACAUUCAGAAGAAAAGGAGCUCAAAAGAGCCCUUACCAUUCAUGAUUACAACAUUUUUAUUCUUUUGUUUGAUGAGAAGAAACAUUAGCAGACUGACUCCAAGUCACAGAAGUAUUAAAGUUAGAUUAGUUUAGUCAAAUUAAAGUUCAUCAAUGCAGUACAGAGUCAGUAAUUCAUCACAAAGGGCCAUAUAUUACAUACUGGUACUAUGUCUAUGAACAUUAUUUCAAAUAUGCUAACAGCCAUGCUAACAGCUCUGUGAGACUGUAACUUGUUAGCGCUAAAUGCUAGCUGUAGCAUAGCAUGCUAGCCUUCUGACAAUAUUAAUGCUGAAAUGUUGAUGUUUGGCAAAUAUGUUGGUUAUCUUUGCUUAGCAUGCUAACAUGCUGAUGUUUAGCCAGCAUGUUAGCAGUCUUUGCCCAGUAACCUGCUCAAAAUGACAGUGCUAGCAUGUUGAUGUUAAGCAGACAUGUUUGCUAACGUUGCUUACCAUGCUAACGUACUAACAUGCUCAUACUAAUAUUUUGAUGUUAAGCAAAUAUCUUGCCUUUGCACCUUUGCUUAGCUUGUUAACAUGUUAGUAUGAAGCAUGUAUAAUGCUUACCAUCUUUGCUUAGCAUGCUACCAUGCUCACAACAACAAUGCUAACAUGCUGAUUUGUAGCAAAUACAAGGUUAGAAUCUUUGUUUAGCAUGUUAACAUGUUGAUGUUAAGCAGACAUGUUUUCUAAUGUUGCUAGGCAUGCUAACAUGCUUGUAAUAACAAUGCUAAUAUGUUGAUGUUAGGCAAAUAUUUUUUAUGAUCUUUGCUUAGCUUGCUGAUGUGUUAAUAUUAAACUGAUGUAAUAAUUGCCAUUUUUGCUUAGCAUGCUAACAUUCAUGCUAAAAAAAAAAGUUACUGAAUUUAAUGUUUACCAGAUGUGUUUGCUAUUUUGCUCGGUAUGCUAGCAUCUAAAUGGCAAAGCUAACAUUUCAUACUUUGCACACAUAAUGUUUAUGAAAUGUUGCUGAGCAUGUUAGCAUGCUACCAUUUGCUAAUUAGCACUGAUUAGAGAGUUCAACUGGAUCAAGGCACACACACACACGUUCACUAAAAAAAAUAAUAUUAGAAACAAAAAAAAAGCACCAAAAAGAAGCAAAUAGAAUAUUUACUGGCAAUUUGCAUGGAAAUCAUUCAAAUAGUCAUCAAAUGUUUCACUCAACAUCCCAAAUAUUCACUUCAUAGAAAAGGGAUAAAUCCUCUGAUGAUCAUGAACGUCUGCUCCACAUGACAUCUAAUGGGUGUUCAGAUAUUUCAGUCUGAGUAGUGAACUGAUAAUAAAAUAUGAGUUUAUUGAUCGUUUACAGACUUGUAGCAGCAGCAUGUUGACACGCAGACGACCCACAAACCCGACAGAACAUUAAUAGUCAUCAGUACGCCCGUAUAUAUAAGGUAGAAAAAAAUGAUUGAGUUUUAAUCAUAAAACAACAAUUUUCAUGACAGCACAACAUAUAACUCAUAAUUUUAAAUAUAAAAGCUUAUAUGAUGGUAGAUGGGCACUAAGCUGUUAGCAUGGCUAAAGCAUACAGACACCGUUUAAAUACAAGCUUUAAAAACAUCAAACCAGAACAUUUUCAGUCAUCAUAUUUUUUUUUAUUCAAGCCAACGCCAGGAAGUUCUACUAAGAAUAUACAGACACGAUUAUCCCCAGUGUUCCCAGUAACUCUGCUGGGUGCUGGGUGGAGUUAAAUCCAUCAUCUGGACACUUCUCAGUCUUUCUGGCACCUCUGUGGGUUUGAAGAUUAUCUUUACCCGAGUGGAUCUUUCUGAAGCUCUGUGUAAACGUCUCACAGCCGGCGAGAAACACGAAGAAAUACACGAAUAAAUCUGUAAUAUUGAUAGAUUAAACUUGUCUUUUAAGUCACUGUGUAAUCCAAAUGGAAAGAUACAGUCAGAACAUGUGUGGCUUUAAAGGGUUAAAAGUGAUGUUUAUUUUUAGGAGGAUUGUUAUCAGGUUUGGAAAGACGCCUUAAAUGUGCACACUGGGUUUCUUAUCAGAUAACUUUUAGCAACUACAGAGUAUUAAACUCAUGUCUGUAAAUUAUCAUGGACUUCAGUGUGGACAGCUGUAUUUGUGUGUUUGUUCUAAUAACACAACUUGCUACUCAGA